AUUGGCACUUACGAAGCACUUACCCGGCUAGCCGUCACUCCUACAACUCUACUAUAGUGCAUAAUACUGUCCAAGUACAUUCAAAAUACACCGAAGGUGGGGUCCAGUCACCGCUCAUUCCGACUUAUGGGACCCCCCUCUCUCGCAUCACUCGCCCGAGCCUCAGCAGCAGCACAGGUAGAGCAUGUCCCGGGAGAAGACCAGCAUGAAUUCUGCCGCGCUCGGCGCUGCCAAGUCGCAGCUCCGCUCUCUCAUGAAGCAGCGGCUAGCGAAUAUUUCCCGGGAGACCAUCUCGUCUCAGAGCACGAGGGUAUUCAACGCCUUGUUGCGGUUCAACCCGUACACAGAUGCGAAACGAGUGGCGGUUUACUUGUCGAUGCCGGGUGGGGAAAUCCAAACAGACACCAUCGUUAGACACGCUUUGUCAUCAGGCAAGCAGGUGUUCGUGCCUUAUCUGCACAAGUCCAGCCUGAAACCGGGCGACGGGCCUGCCAGGGUGAUGGACAUGGUAAGUCUGAAGGGCAUCGAGGACUACGAGGCUCUACGGAGAGAUAAAUGGGGCAUCCCUAGCAUCGACGCCGCCACGUUACCUGGCCGAGAGCGAAGCGUGGGCGAGCUUGAUGGGAGCGAAUCCGGCCAUGUCACCCUCGACUUAAUUCUUAUGCCCGGCGUCGCCUUCGACGUUGACCCACAGUCGCAAAGCAUCCGGAGGCUCGGUCAUGGCCGAGGUUUCUACGACUACUUUCUUCAUCGAUACGCGCUAGCUGCUUCAACUGAAGAGAGGGCGCCGAAUGGCCGACCAGCUGUAUUGCUAUAUGCGUUGGCGUUAAAGGAACAGCUGCUCUCCUCGUCUUCUGGGGAGGCCGUCCCCGUUGGACCCCAUGACCAGCCUAUAGAUGGCCUCUUUCUCGGAGACGGCCAGAUCAAAGAGUCUGCAAAAAGCGGCACAGGCUAGAACAUGUAGAUUCCGAUCAUCUUCGGGUGUCCUUUAUUCUCCGGUAUGGUAUCCGUGGGAUUAUAUUCGGGUACCCCCUUCUCUAGACCCACCGCAUAUCCGAUGGCAAGGUUGACACCUCCGUUCGGCUCCCUUCACGCAGCACCUUGGAUCAACGACACAU